UCUCUCAAAAUAAUAUAAAGUCUCAACUAAAUCUCUCUCAUUUCAUUUCAUCUCAAUCUCAUCUCAUACACCCCCAAAAGCUAAAAAUGGGGAUUAAAUUUAAAUCUUCACUCUCGCCGCCGACCCACCUCACCAUUUUUCUUCUAGCCUUAUUCUUGGUCGCCGCCGCCGCUGCCAAUGCCGCCGUCCAACGGUUCAAAGAAGCUCCCAAGUUCUACAACUCCCCAAAUUGUCUUACUAAUGUCACGUGCUCCGACCAAUCAGUACACGUGGCGAUGACCCUCGACGCUGCUUACCUCCGGGGAUCAAUGGCGGCGAUUCUCUCCGUUCUCCAACACUCUUCUUGCCCGGAAGACAUUCAGUUUCACUUUGUCACUUCUUCCUCCGCCGAUACCGAUUCUCUCCGCUCAGCCCUCUCCGGUUCGUUCCCUUACUUGAAAUUCCAAAUCUACCCUUUCAGCGAUGACUCCGUUGUCGCCGGACUCAUCUCCACCUCCAUCCGCUCCGCCCUCGACUGCCCCCUCAACUACGCUCGAAACUACCUCGCCGAACUCCUCCCCACCAGCGUAGGACGCGUCGUUUACCUCGACUCCGACCUCGUUCUCGUCGACGACAUCGCCAAGCUCGCCGCCACCCCUCUAGGAGACGACACCGUUCUGGCCGCGCCGGAGUACUGCAACGCCAACUUCACCUCCUACUUCACGCCUACCUUCUGGUCAAACCCAUCUCUCUCGAUGACCUUCGCGAACCGGGAAGCCUGUUACUUCAACACCGGAGUAAUGGUCAUGGACUUGGAGAGGUGGCGCGUGGGCGGGUACACGGCGAAGAUCAUCGAGUGGAUGGAGCUCCAGAAGCGAAUGCGGAUCUACGAGCUGGGUUCUCUCCCACCGUUCCUUUUGGUGUUUGCAGGGAAUAUUGCACCGGUGGAUCACAGGUGGAACCAACAUGGGCUCGGCGGUGACAAUUUUAGUGGGCUUUGCCGGGAUCUGCAUCCGGGCCCAGUAAGCCUGCUUCAUUGGAGUGGGAAAGGGAAGCCUUGGGCCCGACUCGACGCCAACAGGCCCUGUCCAUUAGACGCUCUUUGGGCUCCUUAUGAUCUCUUACAAACACCUUUUGUUCUUGAGUCUUAGAUUUUGACGGUACUUUUUUUUUAUUUAUUUAUUUUUAAUUUUGAGUUUUGGUGGGAUGGCGGUAUACUACAUAUAUACAUACAUACACUUUGUGCUCAAACUUAAUUUCCCAGCGUCCUUUAGUGAGAUGAGAAAAAAAGACUAAAAAAAAAAUUGUACAUUAUAUAGCCAUUAAUAGACCUUGUCAUUACAAUAAUAUGAUCUCGUUUAUUA